AGUCCAUUUGGCGUCGUGGACAAGUCUGGUGGUGAUCCCAACGUGUCGGGCCGGACGAUACACGACUUAUCUUUUCCUGACGGACUCUCUAUUAACGACCUGACGGAUCAAGCCAGCAUUGAACGGCCCGAGUACGUCCACUGCGACGCCAUCGCGUCGGAAAUUCUCCGGGUGUCCGCCACCAACCCCGACACUGAGGUGGAUAUUAUGGCCGGUGAUGUGGCGGCGGCUUUUCGUCAUAUCAGUCUCCACAGCAACAGUGUCCGAUGGUUUGCAGGACUGAUUGACGAAGCGGAUGCUCUGAUUCUUGAACUUGCUGCACCGUUCGGCUGGCCUGGCUCACCAGGCACGUACGAGAUCGUCGGUGGCGCUGUGUCUUACGUGCAUGGCUCCCAUUUCAACGCCGAUAACCCAGACGGGUUCUUCCACUACCACUGGGUGGAUGAUCACAUCAAUGUGACUGCCACGGUCGGCUCCAACCGCGCGGACAUGGAUCGCUCUCUUCGCUUCGCCUUGCUGGCCGUCCUCGGUGAGGGCGCCAUCAACGAAGACAAGUUUACACCUUGGGCGCCGGUCCAGACGGUGCUUGGCCUCCAGUUUGAUACUCACUCCCGCACAGUUUCGAUGCCUGAAUCCAAGAUUCUUAAGGCCCGCCGACUCGUUGUGGCAGCUUUCCACUCCACCGCUAUGUCCAGGACAGCUUUACGCUCUCUGGUGGGUAGUGGCCACUUGUAUCCGCCCGGCCCGACCGUUCCUUCAACGACUACGUCUGCGAGAGACCUCCGGUCGCCGUUUUGA